GACAGCGACGUCCAAUCAAUAAAAUGUUGAAAAAAAAAACAUUUUGAAAUGUCAAUGACGACGACGCCGACGCCGCUGAAUGAAACAAACGUCAAAUUCUGAUGUUUCUUUUUGUAUUUUCGUAUAGGAAAAAGUGGUUCGCAUGGAAGAAUGUAUGGAUAAUCGCGUGGAUUCGAUAAGGUAAACGAUGUUUCUUUUUUUUUUAAAUGAGCCCCCUUUUGAAAAAAUAUUUCGUGCGAUAAGCGGGCAGACAGUAGUCGUUCGUCAGUAGUUGGAGGGGAAAAUUAUUGUUGAAAGCAGUAGCAACAGCAGCAGUAAAACAAUUGUUCAAGGUUUUUUAGUUUACGUUCGACGGUGAAGAGAAGCAGUCGUCGUCCCCCUGUCAAAUAGGAAACAAGAAGCACUUUGACAGCCGUCAUCGUUUAGACGACAAUAUUUGUUCGUGUUUGUCAUUAGCAGUCAGUUGUUGUUGUGACAGCCAGUGACAGCAGCGGCAGACAGCUAGACGAUUGGCGAGGAAGAGCGAGGAGAGAUGGUGAUGUUUUCCGGGAUUCGCAUAGAGCAGAAGUAGCGAGUGAGGCGAGGAAGGCCGCAAGGACUCUGCGAACGAGAUGCACCAACAUGAGCUAAGUGUUAUGAAGAUGACACUGUCCUCGCAUAACAUGUCCAGUGAUAACAAUAGAUCUGUCAGCCCCACUUCGAGUCCCCGCAGCAGCCCCAGGCCCUCACCGAAGCCACAAACCAAAAGAGAUCAUUCUCCCAGGAGCGAGAUACAUCUGAGCACCAGUUUCAAGGAGCCACCGCUCUUCAACAAGAAUGAUCUGUCACCUAUAAAUCCUUUUGCCGACUUCAGCCUUUCAUCUGGCAGGAGCAGCGUGAACGAGUUCCAGACGCCCGACUUCAACAGGAGCGAAAGCACCGGCGGCAGCUCGACCAAGGACAACAACAACAAGAAGGAGGGCAAAUCGAAGAAGAAGACGGCCUGGUUCAGUGUGCUCUAUCCAACGUACAAGUCGAGAUCCGAGGAUUUCAAGCAGACGUUCAAGGAUGCACCGGACGACGAGAGGCUCGUCGUAGAUUAUUCGUGCGCCUUGCAAAAGGAGAUCUUGGUGCAGGGACGGCUGUACGUUUCACAAAACUAUUUGCGGUUCUACGCAAACAUCUUCGGCUGGGAGACGAGCGUCUCGGUGAAAUGGAAGGACGUGACUGCCAUCACCAAGGAGAAGACUGCACUCGUCAUUCCAAAUGCCGUUCUGAUAGCGACCAGAAACGACAAGUUCUUCUUCACGAGUUUCGUCGCGCGCGACAAAACCUACUUGAUGCUCUUUCGCGUCUGGCAGAACGCCCUCAUGGACAGACCGAUGAAUCAGCAGGAGAUGUGGCAGCUCGUAAGAGAAUCAAGUCCAACAAUCCUCAUCCACGAAUCAUCUUCAGUUCACGAUUCGUACGGAGCAGAGUUGGGUUUGACCAGCGACGAUGAGGAUUACAUCGCGCCCGGCACCGAAGACGAAAAGUUCUCCGGCAGAAUGUCAAUAGAGUCUUACUCUGAGGAGUGUGCGAGCAACGCGGACGGUACCGGUGGCAACGACCAGCAGAUGAUCCUCGAGGACAGCAAGCUGGACGACGACAACCAAUCGCAAUCCGCCUCAGAUUCGAGAACCAAUCAGCAGGAUUUGAUGAUCAUGAACGGAAACGGGAACGGUACAGGAGGAGGAGGAAUUAUCGAGAUCUUCCAGCAGGAGCUGGACGUGGCCGGCCAUAGCAGUCAGCAGAUGCCGACGGAUUUCUCGGACACCACCGAAUCGGAUCACGAUAAAGACAAGACCGUUAAAUCAUUAUCACCUGCUAGAUGUAGCCAUGAUCCUCCGAUACUCGAUCCCCCCGAUACCCCGAAUUCCCAUGAACCCAUGAACCAUCCCCGCGAUCCGAGUCGCUCAUCCAGUGACGAGAAGCUAUAUCCCGUGUGUUCGGCCCUGCACAAGGGAAAGCAGCUGAUGAACGAGGUGAUCUCUCUGCACGUCGACAAGCUGUUCACGCUUCUCUUCACCAGCUCCAAGUUCUUCCUCGACUUUCACGAAGGCCGCAAGACGACCGAUCUCAAGCAGACUUUGUGGUCGAUAGAUGCAGAGAACAUCAAGAGUCGCGUCAUCAAUUUGACCGUCGCCCUCAAUCAACCGGUCGGACCGAAAACUGCACAGGUCACCGAAAAGCAG